ACUGCUUGGUAAAUUAGCAUAGACGAGGGGAUAAAUUGUCUGCGCUUUUCUCGGUGUUCACUGACUCUUUAGUUUGUCUCGUUGAUUCAUAAUGCCUGAACCUGCGAAGUCCGCCCCGAAGAAGGGAUCCAAGAAGGCCGUCACGAAGGCCGCCGGUAAGGGAGGAAAGAAGCGCAGAAAGUCCAGGAAGGAGAGUUACGCUAUCUACGUGUACAAAGUUCUGAAGCAGGUCCAUCCUGACACCGGGAUCUCCUCUAAGGCGAUGGGCAUUAUGAACUCUUUCGUCAACGACAUCUUCGAGCGCAUCGCCGGUGAGUCGUCUCGUCUCGCUCACUACAACAAGCGCUCCACCAUCACAUCGAGAGAGAUCCAGACCGCCGUGCGUCUGCUGCUGCCCGGUGAACUGGCCAAACACGCCGUGUCUGAGGGCACAAAGGCCGUCACCAAGUACACCAGCUCCAAGUAAAGUGAAGCUCCAGCUGCACCCAAAGGCUCUUUUAAGAGCCACCCAUGAGCUCAUUUAAAAGAGUUUAUUGUUCUAGGACACAAGGAAGUUUAUAAACCGGUUUGUUUUCAGCCAGUCAUCAGAGAAAUGUUGUUCUCUAUCAAGGUCUUAUUUGUAAUGGAUUAUAAAUAAUUAACUGGUAAAUAAGCUUUUUUUUUUUUUUUGUUUAAUGUUAAUCUACAAUAUUCUUUAAAACUGAUCUGAAUAUAUUCAAAUAUAUCUCCUGAUCCUCCUGUUAUUAUUGUUUUAAUGUUUCUUUGGGGGCUUGUGACUUUAAUAAACUGAAAGUGUUUAUUUAGAGAGAGGUGUUAGAAAAUGCCCAACCAUUAGAAACAAACCAAACACAGAAGCAAGAUGAAAGACUUGCAUGAAUUCUGUAACCAUAAUAAAAUAAUUAACACCCAAACUGCCCGAUGCAUCCAGUAAUUUUGUAUGACCGAAAAAAAAGCUUUUAAAAGAUUUGACCUUUUUUUAAUACAAUGAAAACUGAAAGAAAAGUUACUCUCCUCAUUA